CCUCAAAAAAGCCUGAGAAAAUCCCCAUCAAAGGCCAAAAGAACAGAAAAAAGUUUUUUUCACGCGGUGGCAAUGGCAAUGGCGUCUGCUUCUUCCUCCUCCUCCUCCAUAUCCGUCAUCAUUUUCCUCCUCUUGGCGCCUCUCUGCCUUUCACGUGAGCCACCUUCACAAAUCCCAAACGGAACCCUAGAUCUCUCUUUACUAUGGUACGGCCAAUUCACGCCUACUCAAAAGGAGAGGGUUCACGAUUUCAUAGAAUCGCUUAACUUCGACGCCAAGGAAGGUCUUGACCCGAAGGUAUCGGCGUGGUGGAAAGUGGUGGAGAGUUACCAAGAGAGGUUUGAGGUGAAGGAUAUUUACCGACAGAAGAAGAGUAACAGAACCGUAGCUCCGAGGAUUAAGGUGAAGGUUGUCCGGAGUUAUGUGGAUGAGAAGAUGAAGUAUGGAAAGGAAUUGACAAUGGGGAACGGUGAGAAACUUGUUGAGACGGCUAUCGGAAAUAUGUCGAAAGUGGUUCCCGUGGUAUUACUUUCGGCGCAAGUUAGGGCUCAUGGCGUAGGGUUUUGUGACGGAACUUGCCAACAUAACGCCCUAGCCAAAAUUAAAGGUCAAAAAGAACCACGACGGUACAUAAUGGUAAGCAACCCGGAGGUGGAAUGUCCCGGAGAGUGCGCUUGGCCUUUCCACACGGCCGAUAAGGGUCCACGUGGCAUGACCUAUCAACCGGCAAGUGGAGAAGUCGGAGCUGACGCACUGGUUAUUCAGCUAGCCACCGGUUUAGCCGAUUUGGCCACCAAUCCAGAUCUAACCAAGUCCUUAUUCAAAUCUGAGACGACACCGUACAACGAUGACGUAAAGAAAAACCAUGAAUCUUCGUCAAUGUAUAUUGUGGACCCUGCAACCAAGUGCACUCGGGUUUUUGGAUCCGGAGCUUUUCCAGGUUUCACUGGUAGAAUUCGGGUUGACCCGAUUACUGGUGGAGCCUUUAAUUCACACGGAAUCAACCACUUGAAAUUCUUGAUUCCUUCUAUUUGGGACCCUAAGACCAAAUCUUGCUGGACUCCUAUGUAAACCGUUAUUAUUACGACAUGUUACACAGUUUUUACCCUUCAUGAACUUUUAAGGUUGUUUUGUUAUUGGAAAUAUUCAAUAUACUUGGAAAUACUUCAUGAACUUCUAGUUCCAAGUCUUCAUGAACUAGACUUUGAACGAUCCUCGUGUAAAUUAAAUUCUGUGAGAAAGAAAAUCCAUGAUUUAGCAGAUAAUACUACAGUAUUUGACAACAACAAC